CAUUACUACUUGGGAAACAAUAAACUCUAAAGGGAGAACAUCUGAACUUCACGAGAACUCUACAGACGGAAUCAAUGGCGACUCCUCAUGCAGUGAUGGGUGUGAUCAGGUCAGUUAUGCCUGGUUUUCGCAAUAACUACGACAAAGUAGCUUUCGUAGUUCACGCUUCUUUCGUAAUUUCCGGUUUCAUCCUCACUGCCACCGGACGUCCUGCCUUCGUUCACGACGCUCUAUCGUCACCAACCACUAAGAGUUUGGUUGGGAUUGAAGGGUGGAACGAAUUCGACCAGGAGUAUGCGUUUGUUUAUAAAAAACCGGUAAAGGGAUCAAAGACUAAAGUGAGGAAAGCUCUGGUUAAGUGCUUGGUUAUGAAUGAUAAAAUUCUUGUUGUUGUCAUAACUGAGGAUGGAAAUGAACCUGCUCAUCUCCAAAUAGAAGUUGGGAAUUAUACUGAUGAGUCGAAAGAGGAGAGGGAUUACGAUGCACAGUUCAAGAAUUUGAAGAAGUUAGUGAACGAUUUGAAGAGUGAGAUUCUGUUUAAGCUAAAACAUGUUUCUUCUGCAACCAAGUCAAAAUCAGCUAAGACAAAUGAAGAAGAGCCUAGAGAUCACGUCGGAAUGCUUGAUGAUCCAUUAGGUUCUACGAAUGACACAACAAUGUUUGGAGUUCCUCUUAUGCUUGCUCAGCUAGCACCAAGUCACCUGCCGCCAUAUUUGAUACAACCCCAAGCGGGUCAGGGUGUGGCGCCACUUCCUUAUGUCCCACUCGUUCAUCCAGAUUACAAUACAUACUGGCCUCCUAUGUAUUUGGAUUAUUAUUGAAGAAACAGAAGAAUG